CUAGUCCUAUCGCCCAGAAACCUCCUUUUGACAGCUCUUGGAUGCGUACGAGAUAUAGGCAUGAUUGUGCCGAUCAUACCCAUGCUGUCGCGUGAAGGAGUUCAAUAUUAUCUGAGGUUACAGGCGUUUUUGUUUUCCCCUUUAGAAUUCCAUGUUGCAUAUUCCCUCGAGUCGAUCUUUAUCACACCUAUGAAGAAGUACCACAGCGGAGAUACGGAUCAAACCAGCCAUUUGUGAUUUUGAGUUCGGCCGGAAGAAUCCUCUUCAGCAUAAAGUUCGGCUUCUUGCCCCUCCAAAAAGCCUCCGCAUCCCCGAUGUCGCGCAUCUGUAGUCUUUCAAUAAAUG